AUGGCGCGUACCAAGCAGACUGCCCGCAAGUCGACCGGUGGCAAGGCCCCCCGUAAGCAGCUCGCGACCAAGGCCGCGCGCAAGUCCGCCCCUACGGCCGGCGGUGUGAAGAAGCCUCACCGCUACAAGCCCGGUACGGUGGCGCUGCGUGAGAUUCGUCGGUACCAGAAGUCGACCGAGCUUCUGAUCCGAAAGCUCCCCUUCCAACGUCUUGUGCGUGAGAUCGCGCAGGACUUCAAGACCGAUCUUCGUUUCCAGUCCUCGGCCAUCGGUGCUCUUCAGGAGGCCAGCGAGGCGUACCUUGUGUCGCUCUUUGAGGACACGAACCUGGCGGCUAUCCACGCCAAGCGUGUCACCAUCCAGCCCAAGGACAUUGCGCUGGCCCGCCGUCUCCGUGGCGAGCGUUCGUAA